GACGUCCCGGCCCCGGCGAGGGAGGCCGCGCUUCCUCCCCGCCCCGCUCCCUCCCCGCCCCUCAUUGGAGCGGAGGCGGCGGUGCCCCCUCCUUCCCCCGCGCCCUGUCGCCGCCGAGAGUGUCUUUUCGCCGCCGCCACCACCGCUGCAGGAGCACGGAGCGAGCGGCGCGAGCGUGACCGAGGGCCCGGCGCACGGCGGCGGCCCUCCCGCGGGUCCCGGGCCGCGCGGCGCCUGGGCCCGCCCCCUCGGCCCGGCCGCCCGCCCCUCUCCGAUGGCCUCUCCCCCCGGCCCGAGUGGAACGCCGCCGCCGCCGCGGCCCCCGCGCCCGCCCCGCGCCGCGUGAAGGGAGCCCGACAGGCCCGAGCCGCCCGCCUCGGCCUGCCCCGGGCCCGCCCCGCGCCGGGACCCCGACGGGAGCCGCCGCCGCUGCCGCGAGCCGGCCGGAGCCGCGGUCGCAGGCCCGCGCGCCCGUCAGCCCGUCCGCCCGCGGCCCGUCCGUCCGUCCGUCCGUGCGCGGCGCGGCCGGGGCUCGGGGCGCGGCGGGGGCGGGGCCGCGGCGGGGCGGGCGGGCGCGCGGGCCCGCGGGGCGGCGCGUGGAUGGAUCCGCGCGUGGCCUGGAUCCAGCCCGAGCAGAAGGGGCCGGCCAAUGCCCUGUGGAUGCAGAUCUGGGAGACCUCGCAGGGCGUGGGCCGCGGCGGGUCGGGCUUCGCGUCCUACUUCUGCCUCAACUCGCCCGCGCUGGACACGGCGGCCGCGGCGGGGACGGCGGGGCUGGGCGGCGGCGGGGGCGGCGGCGGCGGCCUGGCGGGGCCCGCGCUGCCCGCCGCGUCGCCCCCGCCGCCCGCGCCCGGCCCCGCCGCGCUGCCCCCCGCGCUGCUGACGGCGCUCGGGCCCGCGGCCGAGGGCGCCCGGCGCCUGCACAAGUCGCCGUCGCUGUCGUCGUCGUCGUCGUCCUCGUCCAACGCCGAGUCGGGCACCGAGAGCCCCGGCUGCUCGUCGUCGUCCUCGAGCAGCGCCUCGCUCGGCCGGGCGGGCGGCGGCCGCGGCGGCGCCUUCUUCCACUUCGCCGACGGCCCGCCCAGCGCCCCCGGCGCGGCCAACGGGCACCCCGGGCCGCGCGGCCCCGCGCCCGCCGGCUCCCCGCCGCAGCACCAGUUCCACCCGGGCCGCCGGAAACGCGAGAACAAGGCCAGCACCUACGGCCUCAACUACCUGCUGUCGGGCAGCCGCGCGGCCGCGCUCAGCGGAGGGGGCGGCCCCGGGCCCCAGGCGCCGCGGCCCGGCACGCCGUGGAAGAGCCGCGCGUACAGCCCCGGCAUCCAGGGACUUCAUGAGGAAAUCAUUGACUUUUAUAACUUCAUGUCCCCUUGUCCUGAAGAAGCAGCCAUGAGACGGGAGGUGGUGAAGCGGAUCGAAACCGUGGUUAAAGACCUCUGGCCAGCGGCUGACGUCCAGAUAUUCGGCAGCUUCAGCACAGGCCUCUACCUCCCGACCAGUGACAUCGACUUAGUGGUCUUUGGAAAGUGGGAGCGCCCUCCUCUGCAGCUGUUGGAGCAAGCUCUGCGGAAGCACAACGUGGCCGAGCCGUGCUCCAUCAAAGUCCUUGACAAAGCUACAGUACCGAUAAUAAAACUCACAGACCAGGAGACUGAAGUUAAAGUGGACAUCAGCUUUAACAUGGAGACUGGGGUCCGGGCAGCAGAGCUCAUCAAGAAUUACAUGAAGAAAUAUUCAUUGCUGCCUUACUUGAUUUUAGUAUUGAAACAGUUCCUCCUGCAGAGGGACCUGAAUGAAGUUUUUACAGGUGGAAUUAGCUCAUACAGCCUAAUUUUAAUGGCCAUUAGUUUUCUACAGUUGCAUCCGAGAAUCGAUGCCCGGAGAGCCGAUGAAAACCUUGGAAUGCUUCUUGUAGAGUUUUUUGAACUCUAUGGAAGAAAUUUUAAUUACUUGAAAACUGGUAUUAGAAUAAAAGAAGGAGGUGCCUAUAUCGCCAAAGAAGAGAUCAUGAAAGCCAUGACCAGUGGGUACAGACCGUCGAUGCUGUGCAUUGAGGACCCUCUGCUGCCUGGAAAUGACGUUGGCCGCAGCUCAUACGGGGCCAUGCAGGUGAAGCAGGUGUUCGACUACGCCUACAUUGUCCUCAGUCACGCCGUGUCGCCCCUCGCGAGGUCCUAUCCCAACAGAGACUCGGAAAGUACUCUAGGAAGAAUCAUCAAAGUGACCCAGGAGGUGAUCGACUACCGGCGGUGGAUCAAGGAGAAGUGGGGCGGCAAGGCCCCCCCGGCACCUGAGCUGGACAACAGAAUUAAGAUAAAAGAGCGAGUAAGUGCUUGCGACGGGGAUCCGCCCCAGCGCCGGGACCCGGAGGCCCCGUUCAGCCAGCGCCUGACCUUGUCUCUGCCCAGCCCCCAGCUGCUCUCCUCCGGCUCUUCCGCCUCCUCAGUGUCUUCACUUUCCGGGAGUGACAUCGACUCGGACACGCCGCCCUGCACAACGCCCAGCGUUUACCAGUUCAGUCUGCAAGCGCCGACGCCCCUGCUGGCUGGUCUCCCCACCGCCUUGCCCAUGCCGAGUGGCAAGCCUCAGUCCGCCACUUCCAGAACGCUGGUCAUGACAACUAACACUCAGACCAGGUUUACGAUACCUCCACCGACCCUGGGGGUGGCCCCCGUCCCUUGCAGACAAGUCAGCGUUGAAGGGACUCCGGCGUUGAAAGCUGUCCACCACAUGUCUUCCCCGGCCAUUCCGUCUGCGUCUCCCAACCCGCUCUCAAGCCCUCACCUGUAUCACAAGCAGCACAGCGGCAUGAAGCUGUCCCUGAAAGGCUCCCACAACCACAGCCAGGGCGGCACGUACAGCUCCGUGGGCAGUGGAGGCGUGCGGCCCCCCGUGGGCAACCGAGGACACCACCAGUACAACCGCACCGGCUGGAGGAGGAAAAAACACACGCACACGAGGGACAGCCUGCCCGUCAGUCUGAGCAGAUAAUAGCCCCUGAUGGCGCCUCCCGCCCCCCCUCCCCUCGGCCUCGGCGCCCAGCCGGGAACUGAGACCAGCAUCCAGCACGUCGGCCCGGGCCCCUCGGACCGCCCGCCGCUGACCACUCUGCAUGUCCCUCGUGUGGUGGUCACGUCCAUCUGAAAGAACAGCUCCUUGUGCUCAUCUGUGAAGCCUUAUUAAGCGUGGACGCUGUGUCUGCCUUCCCGGGACGCUUCUCCUUCAGGGCCGGAGCAGGUCUGGACCGGGACCGGUGGUACCGGCGGCCGGUCUGGGUCCGUUGUGGUUGGGGUGUUGCCAGGGCACGUCCGCCAGAGUAGCAGAGGUCAGCCCCCGUUCUCGCUCCUUCCCCAGUGGGUAGGGUUGGGAGGUCGCCAUUGUGUCACUGCCCUCACGUUUUGUUUUCAAAUUUCAGAACUGUUUUUCUAUGUAAAUAUUGAAAACUUAUGAUUUGUGCAAUAACUCAGAUAUUUUUAUUUAAUUCAUAUUUUCACAUAAGUUAUAUUUAAGGGAGGAGGUUUUUUAAACAAGCUUAGGUCCUUUCCCGAGUCGCAUUUUCUAAGUUGGGUUCAUCGUGUCGGCUGGUUGUCUGAGGAGCACCGCUACCAACACCGCGAGGGAGGGGCUCGGGGUUUCUUUCUGUGUUUUUCUUUUGGUCAGACACGAGGCCUCUCUGUUCGUGGCGGGGGAGUCGAGCAGCCCCGCGCUUCCCUGCGGGGGCUCGGCUCCCAGGCCUUCUGACCAGCUGCCCGCCGGCCCUGCCGUCCGGCCUGUCUGUCGUCUCGCUCUGACCGCAGACCUUUAACAUUUUGGUUUUCGGUUCUUUUCAAGUAGACAACAAAUCCAGCAUUUAAAGUGCCAGAAGUAUAACUUUCUAAGGGGAGAAAGGGUUGUCACAUUAUAAAAUCUUAAAAAAAAAAAAUGUGAACUUUGAAGUGCUUCGGUUUGUUUUAGUCACAUAGCCUGCCAGGAUGGGUCCGGUGACCAUCAGCGCGGACAAGGGCACCCAGUUUUAGGAAUGUGGAGAAAGGAAUUAUGUUGAUUCCGUUGAGGAAUCUGUGUAGUAGUAUGCGUUCGUUCUGUUAAGAGCAAAUCUACGAAGAGUACUUCAGCUGCUCAGUGCACGGGGGAGUAUUUGUAACGCGUCGCAGGAGGGCACAGCCCGGGGUCGGGGCCCGCCCGGAGCAGCCGGCACGCGACCUGGAGAGCAGACAGGUACACUGUGCAGGUGUGGUGUGCAGGUAUGGUCUGCUAUGACAGCCGCUGUCUUCGUUACCUUCAUUUGAGCAAGAAUAUAUCCACGUGGCCGAACCCUGAGUUUUUGGAGCACCACAGUUGUCCUGGGUGUUAGUUGCAUCUCAUAGGUCACCUGACCUCCCGUUUUUAAAAUGGGGGGUUCCGGCCCUGCUGAACACUACAGGUAGGUUGGUCUUUGAAGUCCACUAGUAGAGAAGGUCAAGUCAAAGAGACUGAACUACCACGACAUCUGAUGGAUGUGCGGAGCGGGGAGCUCGAGUGUGGCCUGGGGGCGGGGUCCUGGGCUCUCCCCCAAGACCCCCAGAGGCUUGGCUUUUCCCCGGGACCGGUCCCUGGCUGUGGCUGUGGCUUCUCCAGGGGGCCUUCCAGAAGAGAGUAGCACAUGUUUGCAGUUCUUGAUGAUUGAAAGUUAUCAAAAAUAUUUAAAGAUAUUUAAAUUGUGAAUCUAUUGAUAAAGAAAUAUUUAUAAAAACUGAUACGUAGGCCUGUACUAAUCUCCACACAUUAGCAAUAUUGACUGUCCCCCUACAUUAAGGAACCCCUGUGGGCCGCGGGUCCCGCAGGGGUGCAUUUUAAAGCUCGAUUCACAGACACAGGCGCCACGCUCCACCCUGUUGUGGCGAGCCGGAUGAAUUGGCCUGGCCACCUGUGGUCGCGCGCUACACGGUGAACAAAACGGUAUCAUGUUUCGAUUUUUUGUGUGUGUGUGGACAACAAUGUGGAAGCUAAAAUUGACAUAUUUUUAUGUAAAGUUUUUCUAUUCUUUGAUUUUUAAUAAACUUUGGAAACCAGA